CCAUGCUUGUUUCUCCCCAGUCCACUUUGAUCCUUUCCUUUCCUCCCUACAUUCUUUCCCCUCAGGCAUCACUUAAUGUGUGCUAUACCUCCUUCAGUCAAUGAGGCAUGUGGGGAAGGGAUUUUGUUUGAUGGGUUCCACACAAGGACUGUGCUUUAUUAGUCAGGUGAAGCUCAUUCCCUGCACCCCAUGUUCACUAAUUACACUGCUAGAGCUGUCAGUUUUUGUCUGAUCCUGGCCCGGCCUGUGUAGAUGUUGAUUAGCCUUGAAGUAGCCUAGCACAGCCUACUAGUAAGUUUAAACUGCGUCUGAAGUUGCUACAAAAUUCUCUGCUUUUAUUGAAACAGAUAAAGGAAAGGAUAUACAGUAACACGGUAUUUUACCUCAGUCUCUAUUGCUCUCAAUGUUUGAAUGUAUUGACUUAAGGUUUCAGUAUCUACAGCAGCUAAUACAAAGAGUGACAUUUUUUCUCCCUAUGUUUUAGGAAUAAAGUAGUGAUACUUCCAGCAAUAUACUAAUCCCAGAUUUCUUUUUCUUUUGCAGCCUAUGAAGUGAUCUGACAUAUAUGAAAGAGAGGAAUCAAAAGCUUCCUUACAUACAUGAAUCUUUUAGUGAGCCUCUGAUCUGAUAUUUCCUCCUGAGGAGAAGCAGACAUCAUGAAGCAGAGAUUCAUUUCAUCAGUUCAAAUUAUUUUGCAACUUACUCUUACUACAGCAGGUCUGACAGGUCAGUCAUACCCUGGCAAACCUAAGAUAAUAAGAUGUCGUUCUCUAGAAAAGGAAACCUUUUCUUGUUGGUGGAAGCCUGGCUCAGAUGGAGGCCUUCCUACCAAUUACACCCUGUUCUACAGCAAGGACAGGUAACAAGUGGUGCAUACAUAUUCUUGAAGAAAAAAUCUAUGAAUGUCCAGACUACCAAGCAUCAGGUCCCAAUUCCUGCUACUUUGAUAAAAACCACACUAAUCCCUGGACAACAUAUAUUAUCACUGUAAUGGCAACGAAUGAGAUUGGAAGUAACAGCUCAGACCCUCAGUAUGUGGAUGUAACCUCCAUAGUUCAGCCAGAUGCUCCUGUGAACCUCUCUCUAGAAACAAAAACAUCUGCUAGUAUAACAUACCUUUGGGCAAAAUGGUCUCCACCUCCAUUAGCUGCUGUCAGCUCUAAUUCACAUCUAUAUCACUAUGAGCUACGACUUAAACCUGAGGAAAAGGAAGAGUGGGAGACGAUAUCUGUUGGACUGCAGACACACUACAAGGUGGCCGGGUUACAAGCUGGGGUGAAGUACAUUGUUCAGGUCCGUUGCAUGUUAGACCUUGGAGAAUGGAGCGAAUGGAGCUCUGAAAGAAACAUCCAAAUCCCCAAUGGAGAGUCACCUCCUGAAAAGCCUACCAUAAUAAAGUGCCGUUCUCCUGAAAAGGAAACAUUUACUUGUUGGUGGAAACCUGGUUCAGAUGGAGGACAUCCUAUUAACCACACUUUGCUUUACAGCAAAGAGGGAGAAGAAAAAGUUUAUGAAUGUCCAGAUUACAAAACUGCAGGCCCCAAUUCAUGCUACUUCGAUAAAAAGCACACCUCUUUCUGGACCAUAUACAAUAUUACUGUGAGGGCAACUAAUGAAAUGGGAAGUAAUGUCUCUGAUCCUCAUUACGUGGAUGUGACUUACAUAGUACAGCCAGAUCCUCCUGUGAACAUAACUCUGGAAGUAAAAAAGUCAGUAAAUAGAAAACCAUAUCUGGUCCUGACAUGGUCUCCACCUCCACUAGCUGAUGUCAGAUCUGGAUGGCUUACUCUUGAAUACGAAUUGCGAUUAAAGCCUGAAGAAGGAGAGGAAUGGGAGACUAUUUUUGUUGGACAGCAAACACAAUGUAAAAUGUUUAGUUUAAAUCCUGGAAAGAGGUACAUUGUACAGAUUCACUGCAAACCAGACCACCACGGAUCAUGGAGCGAGUGGAGCCCAGAAAUGUACAUUCAGAUUCCUACUGAUUAUAGAGUAAAAGAUAUGGUUGUGUGGAUCAUUGUUGGUGUCCUGUCAUCUCUAAUAUGCUUAAUCAUGAGCUGGACAAUGAUUUUGAAAGGGUACAGAAUGAUGGCCUUUAUCCUACCACCAGUUCCAGGACCAAAGAUAAAAGGCAUAGAUAAACAUCUGUUAGAGACAGGAAAAUCUGAAGAAUUACUGAGUGCUCUUGGUUGCCAUGGUUUCCCUCCAACGUCAGACUGUGAUGAACUACUGAUAGAAUAUCUGGAGGUAGAGGACAGUGAGGAUCAGCAACUCAUGCCAAGUCAUGACAAUCCCAGUAAAAAUACAAAAAUUAUACCCAAGGAAACAGACAGUGACUCGGGCCGAGGGAGCUGUGAUAGCCCUUCCCUGCUCUCUGAGAAGUGCAGGGAGCCUCGUACCCUUCCAUCAGCACUUCAAACACAAGAUGUAAGACCUGUCCAAGAAAAUAAAGGAGCAAAAAGGAGCUGGGAAACUCAGUGUAUAGCCUCAGAACAGGAAACACUCCUUUUUAACAAUGAGAGUACAAAUUCAUCCACAUGGCCUGCAGUUCAGUUACUACCUAAUAAUCAGCUUCCUAUGUUUGCCUACCACAGUACUGUGGAGGCACACACGAUAAUACUGAGUACCACAAAUGUGAACAUUUCACCAGUUUUGGUGGGAAAUGAAGAAAAGCAUCAGUCACAAUAUCCUGUCACUGAAACUGUCCAUGACAACAUGGAAAAGCAAAGAGAGAUGGAGUAUUCCAUAACUGAACAAACUACAGUGCAGGUCAAACAAAACAGACAUAAUGACAAGUCACCUUUCUUGAAUCCUAAACUAAUGGACUAUGUAGAAGUUCAUAAAGUCAGACAAGAUGAGGAACCAACAGUAUUACUGAAACAUAAAGAUAAUAAUGGAAAGACCGAAAAAUACACUGUUCCAGGAACCAGCAAAGAAUAUACCAAGGUCUCAACAGUUGUGGACCAUAAUAUUCUAGUAUUAAUGCCAGAUUCACGCAUCCAGCCCACACCUGUAUCUCAAGAACCUGCAAUGGAAACAUCACAGAACCUUCAGCAAGGUCAAGCUGAGAAAAAUAUGAGCUACUGCCUGACAGCUCCAAGUGACUGCAAAAGAGAGACCAGUGGGUCAGAGUAUAUGGACCCAUCUUCCUUUAUGCCCUCCUUUAAAUAACCAGUUAAUACAGUACAUACUUAUAUAUGUCCAGUAAAACAAAAUCACAUAGCGAACAGUCCUUCAAAAAAGCCUAGCCUCCAAAAGCCUAGUCUCCUGAGUGUAUUGUACAGAUAAUAAAAUAGACAGUGGGUUGAGGUAAUAAUCAUGGAAGUAAAUCAUGGAGCAUUAACACACAUUUCUGACACAGUGAAACAAGGAAAUGGAUAUUGUCUGCCAUGAAAAACACUUAGUAAAAUAAUUAUUCAGUUCUGCAAAACUGUUAAUUGAUUAAGCCUGAGGGAGUACUGCAGGUUCAACAAAGAUGAAAAUUGUUACGGGUCAGUCAGCACACCAUGGUGAUCGGAGCAGUUCCUAUGUUAGAUAAAUCAUUGCACAGCAGUAUUGUUAUCUACAGUGUCUUUUCUUCUGAAUGCAUUCUGACAUUAGAUUAAAAUUUCUUUAUAUUUUUUUUCUCAAUCCUUGAGAAAAAAGGAGUUACUGUAUAUGACAAAUCAUAUAUAAAAAGAAUAUAUUCUACAAAUGACAGUAAAAUAGCAAAUUCUUCUAAGGAUUUUUUUGCUUUGUUUCAACAUGAUAGAAAACUUUGCAUCCCAUUCAUAUCCCAGCCCAGGCAAACUAAACAUGAAAAAACUAGCGGGAUAAUAUUUGAUAUACUGCCUUACUGUAUAUAAUAUACAAUUCUACUUUAGUAUAAGCCCAUAUGUUUAACAAUGUAUUUUUAAAGGCUAUUUUUCUAUUAUCAAAAAAAGAGCAAAAUAAAAUAUUUUUUAAUUUCCCAGUGUUAUUUAGCUACUUAGGAACUUUUCUGUUUCCUUCUGCUGAGACAGCAGUAACAAGUAAAGCUACAAUUUCUACACAAAGCAUGAAAUUAAACUUUAUACUAAUUAAGAGUAUGAAGAAAUUUUUAAACUAUAUUUCUAAUAUAUUACAGAUAUAUUACUAUUUGAAUUGUAAAUUAUUUCUUUCACACCUUUUUUAUCACCUAUAAUUAUAUAAUUAAAACAGAAUCUAGGUUUUGAGA